UCAGUACCGAGAAAACAUGUCAACAAACACGCAUUCGACGAUUUUUUUCAAUUUUAUUUUGAUUUCUUUUCGGAAUUUUAUUUAAAAAUUUAAAUAAAAAAAAUGUUUAAAGACACAUUUAAAUAUUAUAAAUCAAAGUGUCCGCCGCCAACCUAUGAAAAAGUCAUCGAUUUUGAUACAAUUGACAAAAAUGCGGUAAUCGUUCAUUCACCGAAAAAGGUAAAAAAUUCGGAAAAAUAUCGAAUACGUGGCCUUUUACCAAGUGACAAAUGGCAAAUCUAUGAACUAAAAAAUCGGCCAGGAUUGAUUUUCAUCCGAAAUCCAUUCACCGUACGGGGUCAACGUUAUUGGAUUGCACGGUGUUUACAAGACUAUCCACAGGCUCCACAUGUUGUCAAUUUGAAUGCAAAAUAUUUUAGCAAAAAUAUCAUUGAUGAUUGGUGGCAUGCAUUACAAGAAACAAACGAUGAGAAAGAAAAAUGUCGAUUAAAAAACGGAAUGCGAUGGACAACAUUGGGUUAUCAUCAUGAUUGGGAUACGAAAGUUUAUGCCGAGGAAAAACGUCACAAAUUCCCAGACGAUUUGGCCAAACUUAAUGCAUACUUUGCCGAAGUACUUGGGUUGGGUGAUUAUUCAGCCGAAGCAGCCAUUGUCAAUUUUUAUCCAUUGGGAACCACACUUGCUGGACAUACUGACCAUUCGGAAAAGAAUUUAGCCGCUCCAUUGUUUUCAAUCAGUUUCGGACAAACAGCAAUAUUUAUGCUUGGCGGCAAGACUAAAGAAGAAGAAGCAUCGGCUAUGUUCCUUAAAAGCGGCGACAUUGUGUGCAUGUCAAAAGAGAGCCGUUUAUGUUACCACGCUGUGCCGCGUAUCGUAAAGACGAAUAUUGACUGGGUGAAUGCACCUUUAAAUGAAAUUGACACCACGAAGUACAGUGAAAACGAAGAUUCCGAGGAAGAGCAUAAAAAUCAUAAAAAACAACGACUGACCUCACCAAGUGAUAAUAAUGAAUACAAUGAUUCCUUUCGCGACAGCCUUUGGAACGAGAUUCAAGAUUCCAAACAAUGGAAGCCAUUUGCGGAUUACAUAAUUGAUUGUCGUAUCAAUGUGAACGUACGCCAAGUGCUGGAACAUGGUGAACAAUCUCUGAACUUGUAAUGAACCACAACAAAUAUGUGUGUACUGUCAUUUGUUGAUGUUUCUUUUGUAAAAAUUUACUAAAUAAAGAUUUAUUUAUUGGUUUUAAUGUAAA